AUGUUCAAAAUAAUUGGUAUUAUGACUGUGAUCAUUGUGUUGCGGAAGCUAAUUCAGGACAACCCACUCGGUCUUCUUACAACUGCCAUUCCCUCUCCAAACCACCCCUUCCUUCAAAGCAGCCACAUUCCUUUUGUUCUGGAUAUUGGAUAUGGGGAAGAUGAGACAAACCUCGGCAAACUGCGAGGUCACCUCGCCAGAGUCAAUCCUCAAAGCAAGGUCAUGAUCGAGAACCUCACCGAGAACCCACACCUCAACAAUGUCAUCGAGCAAGACGUGAUAGUCAUCUUCAACUCUCCUAUACAACACUACGUCACGCCAAAGCUCUACACUGAGACAAAGCCUACAACUGGCAAGGUCGUUCCAACAUGGAACUAUGCAGCCGUCCAAGUCUAUGGCCGCGCCAGGAUCUUCCACGACACCAAGACAGAUGAAGCAGGCCGGUUCUUGUCUAAAAAGAUCUUAGAUCUGAGUCGUCAUGCCAAAAACAAGGUCAUGGGCUUUACCGGCGGCGAUAAUCCUAUCGAUUGGAAAGUGAGCGAUGCACCGGACAAGUUCAUCGAGCUUUUGAAGAAAAGCAUUAUCGGAAUCGAGAUCGAAAUUACAUCCAUGGGAGGGAAGUUCAUGAUGAGUCAAGAGAUGGGCAUGGGUGAUCGACAAGGUGUCAUCAAUGGGGUUUUCCAAGCUGGAAUCGGAGACUGCAAGGGAGAUGUCCAAGAUGGUGCAGGUCCGAAGCGAUCUGAAGGAAGCAAAGAAGGCGAGUGCUUAAUCAAGAGGUACCAUGACAGACUCGAGCCUGGCCUGUAG